GUAAGUUGAGUCUAAAAGGGUCCGGCGCGUCGGUAGCUUAAGUCGUUUAGGUGGGGAGUUACCAUGCUCGGAGAGUUACUUAGAAAAUAUGGAUCCAGUAAUGCUAUGAAGCGACGACCGGCUGCUUGCCGGCCUAUCGGCCUGGUAGCCCUCGUGAUUUUUGUAUUUGUGACGAGCGUUGACGCGGUGGGUCGUUGCACGGGAUGUUUAAAUGCAUACCAGUGCAAUUGCGCAGGAUUGAAGGGCGUACCCGGUACGGAUGGCGUAGCAGGACCACCUGGCAUCCAAGGACCACCAGGGGACACUGGUUAUCCGGGGUCGGCGGGAUUGAAAGGCGAAAAGGGUUCGGAUGGAACUUAUGGACUUAUAGGAGAUAAGGGUCCAAGAGGAGAUGUCGGGGAACAAGGACCACAAGGUAUGCCUGGUAGACCGGGCGAAACUGGAGAAUCUGGCCCAAGGGGUCCACCCGGAUUGGAUGGUUGUAACGGCACUGAUGGACGACAUGGGGUCGAUGGUGUCCGAGGUCGCCAAGGUAUAAGAGGCUUCGAGGGAUUGACAGGACCACAGGGACCACCUGGUGAACCUGGCGAAGGAGGUGGCAACUCAAUUGGCACCAAGGGUGACCGAGGAAUAGAUGGGUUCGACGGGUAUCCAGGAUUGCCAGGGUUACAAGGUCCAGUAGGUCCUCAGGGAUACAUCGGACCUCCUGGCAUAGAAGGUCUAAGGGGUGAACAAGGAUUACAAGGACCGCGGGGUGAUCGUGGCGAAGAGCGUAUAGGGCUUGUUGGGCAUAAAGGCGAUGUUGGAGAUCAAGGCCCUAAAGGGCCCAGAGGGGAGUCUAAACCUGCGCCGUUCGAACCUGUAAUUCCAGAUAUAUAUCUUCUCAAAGGUUCCCCUGGUGAUAAAGGUCCAACAGGUGAACCAGGGGAUAGAGGGACAAAAGGAUAUAGAGGAGAAAAGGGACCGCCGGGAAUUCCUGGAAUUAAAGGUAGUAGGGGUUACAAAGGAGAACAAGGAGAAGAUGGACCACUCGGAAAACAAGGAAAAACUGGCCCACCGGGUCAAUCCGGAGAAAAGGGUGACAAAGGAGCUCCCGGUUACGAGGGCAUUUCUGGAGAAGAUGGUCUCAAAGGAACACCAGGCGAACUUGGCAGACCUGGAAUUCCGGGAGAACAGGGAAAAGAGGGACCCCCAGGUGUUUACAACCCGACCUUUGACGAACUUGGCAAGGUUGGAGUAAUAGGAAGACAAGGACCCACGGGAUAUCAAGGAUCUCCUGGACUGCCUGGUAUACCGGGAAAUCUCGGAAUGGCUGGGCCUUUGGGUCCUCCAGGACCUCCCGGACCACCCGGAAUAGGGGGUUUGCCCGGCAUUAAAGGACUGUCUAUAAAGGGAGAAAGAGGAAGCGAUGGCUUGCCAGGAGCACCAGGAAAGACGGGUCCUCCUGGCGAUCCUGGCACAAUGGGGUCAAUCGGAGAAAAAGGUUUUAAAGGAGACACCAUCUUCGGUCCGCCGGGCCCACCCGGUAUUCCCGGAGUACCUGGUUUCAACGGAAGUGUGGGCGACAGAGGCGACACCGGCGAUAGGGGUUUCAAGGGCUUUCCAGGGAUAGGUCAACCGAUUAAAGGACCGCGUGGACCGCCAGGACCACGCGGAUUACCGGGAUUACCCGGUGACGACGGAAGUCUUGGAUUGGACGGCUUUUUUGGUUUAAAAGGAGCAAGAGGGGAUGACUGCGGAAUAUGUCAACCAGGUCUCCCUGGGUUAAAAGGUGAGAGAGGAGAGGCCGGAAGAAAUGGUAGACCUGGAUCUAUCGGGUAUCAAGGUUUGCCAGGACCAAGAGGCCCGCCCGGAUUUCAAGGAAAGCCGGGCCGAAACGGAGACCCAGGCUUAGAUGGCCCGCCUGGAAUUAAUGGAGUUUCAGGACCACAAGGGCCUCCGGGAAGUCCCGGACUUCUCAUAUACCCUCCCGGGGCUGCAAUGAAUGCCGACCAGGGUGAUCUUGGUGACAGCGGUAUCCCAGGACCAGUUGGACCUAGCGGCGAUUUCGGACAGAAGGGAAUUAUAGGCGAUUACGGGCCUCCUGGAUUAAGGGGGCCGAUUGGCGACACAGGCGACGAAGGACUUCAAGGAAUUGAUGGAAUUUCUGGACGGCCAGGUUUACCGGGUCCGAAGGGUGACCGACAUGCUCUUCCUAAAGAGUUUUUGAUCGGUGAUCAGGGUUUUAAAGGAAGACGUGGCCCACCAGGUGAAAGAGGAGCUAGAGGACCUCCUGGUAUUCCGGGACGUCUUGCUAACUUUGUAGAUAUUACUGGCGAUAAAGGCAUUAAAGGACAGAUAGGAAAACCAGGUCUAAAUGGAAUACCGGGGCCAAAAGGAUUUCCCGGAGAAUCCGGCUGGCCUGGUCUUUCUGGCAACCCAGGGCCUGAAGGGCCGAGCAUACCGGGACCCCAGGGAUUAAAAGGUUAUCCCGGUAUUAUAGGCGACGAAGGCCCUAGAGGUUCUGCUGGGCUUCCCGGUAGACAGGGUGAAAACGGAACUCCCGGACUAAGCGGUUCCAAAGGAGACCGGGGAGAACCUGGACAAAGGAUUUUAUAUGGCGAAAUAGGAGUUGCUGGUCUGCAAGGCCCAAAAGGAGAACCUGGCGAUGACGGCCCUGACGGAUAUCCUGGGCUACCUGGAAUCUCUGGUCUCAAAGGAAUUCCGGGGCCUAAAGGAGCACCUGGAUAUGCCGGAGCGCCCGGUCUUCAGGGAAUAAAAGGACAAAGGGGGAUUAUUUUGCACGGCUACCCAGGGCUUCCAGGCCGACCAGGAGAAUUUGGGCCGGCGGGACUGUUUGGAGAUUUUGGAAUCAAAGGAGACGAAGGAGAGAACGGUUUUCCGGGGCCAUAUGGACAAAAAGGAGAUGUGGGAUCUCCGGGUUGGCCGGGACUACCAGGUGAAGAAGGCCCACCAGGAUACCCGGGUCAUCAAGGUAGACCCGGUUUGCCUGGUGCUCCAGGAGAAGCUGGUGACCGGGGCGAUCUGGGAUACCCCGGUGCACCUGGGUUUUCAGGUCCACAGGGUUUACUUGGUCCUAGAGGUGCAAAAGGCUCAAAAGGUGAUGUGGGUGGACAAGGAUAUCUGGGAGCUCCGGGAGAUCCUGGCUUGCCAGGUCUGCGAGGGGAUAGUGGAUUACCGGGCCUUGAUGGCAUUAAGGGCGAUACGUUCUUUAGCGGUCAAAAGGGCGAACCAGGAUUGGACGGCAGCCGCGGUCCACCUGGUUUUGAUGGUCGCCCUGGAUUACCUGGCCUCAAAGGGUUACCAGGUGACGAAGGGAGAACUGUUUUCGGAACGGAGGGUUCUCAAGGAGAAAAAGGAGAACCUGGCUUUUAUGGGUUACCUGGAGGAAUAGGUUUUAAAGGGGAAAUUGGAGAUACUGGUCCCAAAGGACUUGAUGGCCCAAGAGGUGACAGAGGCGUACCAGGAAUACAUGGAAUGGCUGGUCGUCCAGGAUACCCCGGACCGAAAGGUGAAAGGGGAGAUUUUGGCCUUUUUGGAAUUCCUGGAAAAAAAGGCCAAAUUGGCAUGGAUGGUGAACCUGGGUUAUUUGGAAGGCCAGGAUUGCCAGGAAACCUCGGGGAACCGGGACCUAGAGGUCCUAAUGGACCCAAAGGUACUAAAGGAAACCGUGGAUUGCCAGGGCUAUCUCAGUAUGGAAGUGCCCAAAAAGGCGACGUUGGAGAUGCUGGCAUGUUCGGAUUAAGUGGUCUGAAGGGAAUAAGUGGAGAUACUGGUUUUGGUGGUUGGCCAGGCGCCAGAGGUGAUAGAGGAAAUGACGGAUCAAAAGGAAUGCAAGGUGAUAUAGGCGUUAUGGGUAGUCCGGGUCAAAAUGGUGAUGCUGGGCUGGUGGGCGCUCCAGGAAUUCCGGGUCAAAAUCCUGAACCCGGUGAGCCUGGGAACCCUGGCAUUGAUGGGCAGGCAGGUCCGCCUGGAUACCCAGGCCAAAAAGGAGCGCCAGGCGAAAUUGGUUUGGAUGGCCCAACUGGCCCCCGUGGUCUAUCCGGAUUAUCGAUAACUGGAGUCAAAGGAGUAGUCGGAGAUAGUGGUUUGAAUGGCCCAAGAGGACUACCGGGCUUGGAAGGUUUGUCGGGGCAAGAUGGCCUCCGUGGUCCGCAGGGACCUAAAGGUUUGCGUGGUGAUUACGGUUUGCCCUCCUUAAACUUUAAAGGCGAAACAGGAGAUUCUGGAUUGCCAGGAUUGACUGGUCUGCGUGGAGCUAGAGGUGACAGAGGAGAGUCGGGUCUCGAUGGUAUACCAGGAGAACCAGGACCGCAAGGGGAAAUAGGUUUGACUGGAGAUAUGGGACCUCCGGGUUUUCCUGGACCCAAGGGUUUGAAAGGCCAGAGGGGUGAUUUCGGCGACUGGGGUUUACAAGGACUUGAUGGUAUUGAUGGUGACAUGGGACUACCAGGAUUCGCUGGAAGGGAAGGUCUUAACGGUAGACCUGGGUUACCAGGAUUUGCAGGAGCCAAAGGGGUCAAGGGACUAAGAGGCGAUGCUGGUGAUGUAGGUUUACCAGGAUUCGACGGCCCGAAAGGUAUGAUUGGUUUACCCGGAUUGCCGGGUAGGUCUGGCCUACCUGGACUACCUGGUCCGGCCGGUCCCAGGGGAGAACCUGCACCCCUAGCUCCGUUACCUAAAAGUCGCGGAUUUGCUGUUGUAAGGCAUUCCCAAUCCGAAAUUGUGCCGGUAUGUCCAAGGAACACUAUCAGACUUUGGGAGGGAUAUUCUCUCUUACACAUUCACAGCGAGAAAAGAACACACGGGCAAGAUUUGGGUGCCCCUGGGAGCUGCGUUCGAAGAUUUAGCACAAUGCCAUAUAUGUUCUGCAAUUCGGGAGAUAUUUGUAAUUACGCCCAAGCCAACGACUAUAGUUAUUGGUUGUCCACCACGGAGCCAGUUCCAAUGACGAUGACACCGAUUUAUGGCAACAACAUUCAAAAAUAUAUAUCAAGAUGUUCAGUUUGUGAAGCGCCUACAAGAGCUAUAGCAAUACACAGUCAGACAUCAACUACUCCCACGUGUCCUAAUGGAUGGGAUGAGUUAUGGGUGGGGUGGAGCUUCAUGAUGGGGACAGAUUCAGGCGGUGAUGGAUCGACGCAAUCGUUAGUUUCGCCAGGUUCAUGUUUGGAAGAUUUCCGAACGAGGCCGUUUAUAGAAUGCCACGGCCACGGCAGAUGCAACCAUUAUGCCACAGGCCUAUCAUUUUGGUUAGCUACUAUCGACGAAUACUCGAUGUUUAAGAAACCCGUACCACAAACGUUAAAGUCGGGCUUUUUAACAACGAAAAUCAGUAGAUGUGCGGUUUGCUUACGGAGAGUGCCUAUGAGAACCGCCCCAAGCGAGAACUGGUAUCCCCCUCCUUAUAAUUCCUUCCCACAUGGUUAUGUGCCGCCAGACUACACGAGAAAUAUCCCAUCGACGUCAUAUAAGCACUUCGACGAGUACACCAGACGAGCGAGGGUGAGGCAGGGAAGAAGACGACGGCCUCAGACGCAAGGACCAAAUUCUGUGUGAUUUUUAGAUGUUACAAAGAUGCAAACUUUGUAGUGAACAUUUAUUGAGACGUAUCUAGGUAUAAAAAGGAACAAACUCAAGUGCAUACCACUGCUUGAAAAUUUGCUUUUUCACCGAGCAAUAAUGUAACAUAUUAAUGUAAUAAAUGUCUUCAACGCGUGUAAUUAACUCCUCAGAGCGGCCUCUGUAUAAAAUUACUAGAUACUGGAGAUCCUCUCGGUGUUUCUGUUCUUUGAAAUAUUAUUGACAUUCUGUAUCUAUGUACCAAAUGGCCUGGGAGGCUUAUGUAUAAAUAAAUUAAAAUCACUGCCACAACUUAUGUGUAUAUGUACAUAUAAUAAAAACGCCAA